CUGCAGUUCAAAGUAAUCAAUCAACUGCAUCGUCUGCAGACCGCAUGGCUAUUUAAGCAGCUACUUCAGUACCUCAGUCGACACAUCUGCGUUUUAGAUAUCUACGCCGACACAAUGAACAAAUUCCUCUUCAGCACUCUUCUAGUCGUCGCAGUGGUCUUCAUUGACCGUUACGCAGUUGCCACUGGAGUCAGCGAAGACAAACUAGGCAGUGAUGGCGGCGAAGGCGGCAAUGACAACCAAGGAAAUGGUGGCGGCCAAGGUGGCAAUGGCAACCGAGAAAAUGGUGGCGGCCAAGGCAGCGAUGGCAACCAAGAAAAUGGUGGCGGCCAAGGCGGCAAUGGCAACCAAGAAAAUGGUGGCGGCCAAGGCGGCAAUGGCAACCAAGGAAAUGGUGACGGCCAAGGUGGCAAUGGCAACCAAGAAAAUGGUGGCGGCCAAGGCGGCGAUGGCAACCAAGAAAAUGUUGCUUGCAGUCUUGCUAACUUUAUCGAUUUCAACGGAGUCGACCAAGUGCACCAACAGGUUGGCACAGAAGGUGACGGUCUCAGGGGUUAG